CAGCGAGCAACAUCUGAUAGGGGGGGAAAAUCUGAACGGUGGCGGCCGCCGCCAUAUUGCGGAGCUGUCAGCGGCGGCCGCGCUUGGCGCCUCGUCCCCGGCGGCGCGGCGAGCAGCCCGGGGCGGCCCCGCAGCGCCUCCUGCCCCGCUGCCGGCGGGGAGCUGCGCGGCCGGGGGGGGCGGGACGGACACCGCCCUGCCCCAGGAGGAGCGGAGAGCGCCGCGCCCAGCCCCCCUGCCCCGGGGUCUCGUCCCGUCCCUCCCCUCCCCUCCGCCCGACGCCGCGGAGCGCACGCCCCGCUGGCCGGGGAGCGGAGCCCCAGAAGGGGACAAAGAGCUUGCUGAAGACUUAAGUGGACAAGAGACUAAAGAAAACAAGAAAAAUGCCGAAACCAAUCAAUGUCAGAGUAACCACAAUGGAUGCAGAGUUGGAAUUUGCCAUCCAGCCCAAUACAACAGGCAAGCAGCUAUUUGAUCAGGUGGUGAAAACUGUUGGUCUUCGUGAAGUCUGGUUUUUUGGGUUACAGUAUGUGGACAGCAAAGGCUACUCAACUUGGCUGAAGCUAAAUAAAAAGGUAACACAGCAAGAUGUAAGGAAAGAAAAUCCUUUGCAGUUUAAGUUCAGGGCCAAGUUUUUUCCAGAGGAUGUAUCUGAAGAAUUAAUUCAGGAAAUAACUCAGAGACUUUUCUUCCUGCAAGUCAAAGAAGCGAUAUUAAAUGAUGAAAUAUAUUGCCCACCAGAAACUGCGGUUCUUCUGGCUUCUUAUGCUGUCCAAUCCAAGUAUGGCGAUUACAGUAAGGAGAUACAUAAACUAGGCUACCUAGCCAAUGACAGACUUCUCCCUCAGCGUGUGUUAGAACAGCACAAACUGACAAAAGAACAGUGGGAAGAAAGGAUACAGAACUGGCAUGAAGAGCACAGGGGAAUGUUAAGGGAAGAUUCUAUGAUGGAAUACCUUAAGAUAGCACAAGACUUGGAAAUGUAUGGAGUCAACUAUUUUGAAAUAAAGAAUAAAAAAGGAACUGAAUUGUGGCUAGGAGUUGAUGCUUUGGGUCUGAAUAUUUAUGAGCAUGAUGAUAAGCUGACACCCAAGAUUGGUUUUCCUUGGAGUGAAAUAAGAAACAUCUCUUUUAAUGACAAAAAAUUUGUCAUAAAGCCAAUUGACAAAAAGGCCCCUGAUUUUGUUUUUUAUGCACCCCGUCUGAGAAUUAACAAGCGAAUUUUGGCACUGUGUAUGGGAAAUCAUGAAUUGUACAUGAGGAGGAGGAAACCUGAUACAAUUGAAGUGCAACAGAUGAAGGCCCAAGCUAGAGAGGAGAAACAUCAGAAACAAUUGGAAAGGGCACAAUUAGAAAAUGAGAAGAAGAAAAGGGAGAUAGCAGAAAAGGAAAAGGAAAGAAUAGAGCGUGAAAAGGAAGAAUUAAUGGAACGCUUAAGGCAAAUUGAGGAGCAAACAAUGAAAGCUCAGAAAGAGCUAGAGGAACAGACUAGAAGAGCUCUAGAACUGGAUCAAGAACGAAAGCGUGCAAAAGAGGAAGCAGAGCGCCUGGAAAAAGAGCGUCGAGCAGCUGAAGAAGCUAAAGCUGCUCUAGCCAAGCAGGCAGCUGAUCAAAUGAAGAACCAGGAGCAACUAGCAGCAGAACUUGCCGAAUUCACUGCCAAGAUUGCACUUCUAGAGGAGGCCAAGAAAAAGAAAGAAGAGGAAGCAUCAGAAUGGCAGCACAAAGCUUUUGCAGCUCAAGAGGACUUGGAAAAGACCAAAGAAGAACUGAAAUCUGUGAUGUCUGCUCCUCCUCCACCUCCUCCCCCACCAGUUAUUCCUCCAACAGAGAAUGAACACGAUGAACAUGAUGAGAACAAUGCUGAAGCUAGUGCAGAACUGUCUUCUGAUGGUGUCAUGAAUCACAGGAGUGAGGAAGAACGGGUAACAGAAACACAGAAAAAUGAACGUGUUAAGAAACAGCUCCAGGCUUUAAGUUCUGAGUUGGCUCAAGCCAGAGAUGAAACCAAGAAAACACAAAAUGAUGUCCUUCAUGCUGAGAAUGUUAAAGCAGGCCGUGAUAAGUACAAGACUCUUCGACAAAUCCGACAAGGCAAUACAAAGCAGCGUAUUGAUGAGUUUGAAGCAAUGUGAGAGCUGUUAUUUUGCAUAUAUGUUCCUCGUAAAGCUGAACCACCAACAGAGAAAAAAGCAGGCCUUUGCAGAUUUGGUGGAUUGCACCCCACUUUGCCAAAGCACUUAAUACCAGUUUGACUACAGUGGCUAGAGAACAAAUUUAGGGGAAGCUAUUCAACAGUAAGGCAGUCUGUCAUCCCUAGCUUUUGGAGGGGGAAGGUGUGGAGAAUGCUAGCAGUUUUUUCUCCAUCAAGUUUUCAGUUUCAUAGUUUCAUAUUUUUUUUAUUUGGAAACUGAUGCGAAGUGUAUAAUGACUGACAAGUGUAUAUAUUGCUUAAACAUUAAAAAUAGAAGAAUGGAACUGAACCUAAACUGGAUAGGUGCUAUUUCAGUAUGAAGUUUGACAUUACAUUUUUCAAUAUAGCUACACCAUUAAGAGUCUGAUAUUGUUGACUUUCAGUUUUGUGUGUAUUUUUUUUUUUUCCUCCCAAGUGAAAUUCUUUGGUGUUUCAUGUCCUGUCAUCAUUGAUGGUUUUCUUUGCCUACCUGUUCACAAAGGUCUGGAUGGCAGGUGGUAGUUCCAGUAAGUAUUUUUAAAUGGAACACUACCUGCAGGCAGCACGUGGCUGCCGAUAGGUUUGAAUAAUUAUUGCUUUUUCCUAGGUGAUUCUUUUUAGAUGUGCAAAAUGUUCUGAUGCAGCAGAGAAAAAAAAAAAAAACAAAACAAAAAACAAACAAAACAACAAAACAAAAAACAAAGCUUCAUGUGUUAUUUGCUUGUAAUUAUUUUAUUUGCAGUAGGGAGACCUGGACCUUUCUGGCAAGGGAGCAUAUGAAAACAUCAGUCCCAGGGAGGGGACAGUAUCCUACCUCACUACUAUGUACAUGAUGACUGGUCCUUCAAACACCAUGAAAACAACCUGUUUAAAUUGACUACACAGUGAUAUCAUAGAAUGCUAGGAGCCCUUACUCCUAGGGUUUUGUUUUACUUUAAGAUGAAUUUAUAGUGCUAAAUACUGUCUAACUGCCUUUUGUUGAGUUUAAAUUGUAAAAGCACCUUGUGUGUUUUAAAGCUGUAACCUGUCACUGGUAUACUAUCUCCUGGGAGGGGUGUAGAAUGUGCAUGUCAGUUAGUUUGUCUUUGGGUUUCCAAAUACAAAAUGAAAGUUCCUAGAAUUGGAGUAAAAGUGUUUGUAGCUUCAGUUUUCAGUGAAGCUAGUAUUGUAAUUGUCAUAUCUGAUGUCAGAUCAUUAAGUCCUUUCCCUCUUGAAAAGGAGACCUGCUUUUUUGAGAAAUUGGCUUAGAAAUUGAACUUUAGAAAUAACUUGACAGUUAAUGUGGACUGCAGUUAUUCCUUCUCUUAGAGUACCCUACUAAAUAUCUACAGUGGAAGACCCUGCUUUCUCUGAGGAUGGUUCAGCUCUUUUCUGUUUGAUAUUAUGCACUCAUAAAUUUACACUUAUCUAUUAAAAUUUGCCAUUUUAUUAAACAUUUUUUUCAUGCACAAUAGGUUUAAAUUUCUUAUGAACAGUCCAACUAAGUUGUUGGGUUUUUUUUUUUUUGUUUGUUUGGUUUUUUAAUUUUGUGGAGUUAAAGGCUGGCUCUGUGGGGUGACAUCAUGAAAAUAAAAUAAAGAUACAUUAAUAUAUUUUUGGUUUGUGGGGCUAAACAUACCUGGUUGACCUUAAGGACUGAUGUGCAGAUGGUGUGCACAUGCUUCAAAAUGCUGCUUGGUGGAAGUUGGUAUUUCUACUCGCAGUGCAUUGUAAGAACAGUUUUCAUUUCACAGGCUUCAUACAUCGAAGCUUAAGCAAAUUUCUGAAGUAUUCCAACAGUUUGCCAUAGCAGGUGAAAUACUGUGCUUCCAGUGAGUUUUCAUUUUUCCCUGGAAAGUGUGCACUAACACUGAUAUAUCAGUUUCAGUGUUGGGAAAAAACACCAGUAAAGUUUGCUGUUCAUAAAUCUACAAUAUAUAGAGUAGGGCUGAAUGGAUUAGAUCCAUUUAUAAAGCUGUGUGAUUUUUUUUUUUUUUUUUUUUUUCUAAACAACCAGGAACAACCAUUUGUAAUACAGAUUUUUCUCAAUGAACAAAGUGGUAAUAGCUGCUGUCACCAGCAGUUGGGAACACUUACUGGUGCAGAAAUACUAAGAAUACAUUUAAUGAUUACUUGGUGAAGUAAUUUUCCACAUGCUUUUUCCUUUAGCAUCAUGUUUUGUGUUGUACAAUUAAGCUACAAUUACAUCUACUAUUUUGGAUAACAUUCAUUGGUUAACAAUAAAGAGAUACAGUUAAUUUC